AAAUACCUAGAACCGUAACGAAAGAAAAAGAUCUGAGUGAAAAGAAAUUAAUCAGUUUAUAUUAUCCCGUGAAGAAUAUUAGAUAUUGGAUAUUGAGAGUGUGACCCAAACGUGGGAUGUAAGGUUUGUUGCGUCACAUUGUGGUCAUCGGUUUCGGCGUCUCAAGAUUUCUUAUUCUCAAGCAGUUUACUUUUUAAGUCAUCGUGACGUCAACUAACAAGUGUUGUCUGUCGCCUUCGUUGAACUUCGGGAAUCCACAAUUCCUUUUGUUGGCCAGUUAUGUGAAGAGAAAUAAAUGUUCAAAAUUGUGGUUAAGUCAAGUGUUCAACUUACUUAAUUUCGCUGUUACGUCAUCAUGAAGGUUUCAGGAGAGUUUUGUGUUUAUGAGGUAAAACCUGGAGAUUCAUUGUCGGCUAUCGCUGCUCAGUUGGGUUUUGUAACCCCUACUCAGAUUGCCAGAGCUAAUCAUUUGCCUCUUUUGAGUUAUGGGCUUCCUCCUGUUUUCCCUGGUCAACGUUUAAUUAUUCCAUCAGUUGCACAUGCAAAUAACAGUUCAACUAAAAUAAGGCAUCUACCUGGUGUUGCGCUGCGUGUAGAAGAUAUGGAUAAGCGAAAUACUGAUCAUACAAACACUGGAUUUCUAGCUGUCCAACCUUUCUUUUACACAACACGUGUAUUGAAUCCUAAUAAAUCUUAUUCCAUUGAUGAUGAUGUCUUGGAACGUCAAUUCGUCAAAGUAAAUGCCUAUCGUGUUUUAAACAGUCUUGAUAAUUUGAUAGAUGGUGUUUUGUUGGUCACUCCAGAAUCAUUAUGUUUCGAUGCAAGCCAAACUGCGGUAGCACAAAAACAGGCGUAUUUAGCUUCUCAUUCUGAAUUAUCUCCAAAUACUGAUAACGCUAAUGACAAUGAAACAUCUGAAUCACAUCAUGAAUCUAACAAUCACUCACCCACUUGUCAUGAUAAUAAUUCUGAGUUUUCUUGCUGUAAUAUUCCUCAAGAACUACUCAGUUUAGGUUUAUGCAUUCCAUUAGAUUCAAUCAUUGCUAUGAAAACACUUUUUGAAAGUGAUGUUGUAAACAUUUUAAAAUCGGAAAGUAACGAUAAAAUAAAUUCACUAUCCAAUUCAACUUUACAAAAUGAAAAAAUCGACGAGCAUGACAAUAUACAAAGAAGUACAAAUGAAAAUAUCAUCAAAUCAACUAAUGAAAAUACUGAUAAUCAACUAACAGAUUCCAAUUUAUCCAAUAAUCACAAUGUUGGACGACAGCCUGAUGAAACUAGUGAAUCAAUUAUGAGCGGAAAUUCUAUUAGUCCUGCCAAUAACAAUGAUGGUAUUAAUAUUGAUGAAGAAUUGGAAGCUUCUGAGAUUCCCCCUAAAAUUGAAACAAAUUUUUCAACAUCAUCAUUAUCAUCACACCAACUGUCGACGACAUCUUUAGAAACCUUGGUGAGUACGUCUGACAGUCAAUUAUUACAAAAGGAGAAGAACGGCGAAGAUGAAAAUCUAACUAGUAUUACAAACUAUUUAUAUUUGAGAAUCACUCUAAUCGGAGAUAUCACUCAUAUAUUUCGCCUUGCUGUUGAUCGCCUUACACAAGUCUACAGUUUUCUUCUACGUGCUGGUGUAGGCAAUUUAGACAAACAGACAGAAGUGAAGAACAACAAUGAUUCUGAACAAAUCGUCACUGAGAAUCGUUUAUCUGAAAAGGAGCAAACGUUGGAUCCUAAUUCUACUGUAUCUCAUCGACGUAGUUUAGUUGAAGAAAUGCUAGAAAGUAUAGAACACUCAAUUCAUGUACCAACACUCAAUGGUGGUGAAAGCAGAAUAUUAACCAAUGAAAUGUUAGUGGAUCUUAGUGCUAACUUUCCUGCUCAUUGGUCUAGUUGUGAUUUAAAUUCAAUUUACAAAUCUGAAGAUGAUGGUUUUUGUUUAAAUACAGUCUAUAGAAAGUGUAAAGAUGUGGAAGGUAGUGUUCUAUUGCUGAUACGUGAUACCAUGGGUAUUGUAUUCGGUGCAGUGAUGUCAGAAACAAUGAAAUGUAGUCAACAUUUUUAUGGAACUGGUGAAACAUUUGUCUUUCAUUGGAAACCAACAUUUAAAAAAUAUUGUUGGACUAAGAAAAAUUAUUUUUUCAUGAGAGGAUCUCUUCAUUCUUUUCAUAUUGGUGGUCAAAGCGGACGUAAUGCAAUCUGGUUUGAUGAAUCAUUGAAAUAUGGUCGUAGUGAACCAACUGAUACAUUUGACAAUCCUGUACUCAGUGGAAAUUUACCAGAUUUACAAUUCUCCAAUUUAUCCAUUCAUAAUACAUGCAAUAAUAACAACAAUAACAAUUUGAUUAUACCAGAUAAUGAUGAUAAUCCUAAAAAUCUACAUACUACUACUAAUUCAAAUGAAUCGAAUUCCAAUGUAACCUGUUCAUCGACACUAUGUGAUAGUGUUCCAUUCAUUAUUGAUACAUUUGAAUUAUGGCAAUUAAUUAGUUGUUAAUUUGAAUGCAAGAAAAAAGAAAAAAGACAAAUGAAUUGUACUAAAGUGUAUGAUUGUAUUUGAUUUAUUGACUGAUUGAUUGAUUGUUAUAAUCCGAUUCAUUUAUUUAAUAAAUAAUAAUAAAAAUAAAAAUAAUAAUAAUAAUACUGGAUAAUAUUUAUUAAAUUUCAUGACAAUUGUUUGUGUAUAAUUUCUUCUUCUUUUUUUCUUGCUGCUUCCAUGGUGUACACACACAGUGUAUGUACAUAUAUGAAAUAUUGUUGGUUGGUUGUGUGUAAUAUUUAUCAUGAAGAAAAAGAAAACACACAGUGGCAAUCGAUUUUUUUUUUCGAUUAAACAGUUGAUUGAUUGAUUGAUUGAUUAGUUUCUUUUUUUUUUCCUUUCUUCAUCAUUCCAUGAUUGAUGAAUAUGGUCUUUUAUUUCCUUUGUGCUUUUUUUUUUAGUUUUGUAAAAUAGAUUUUUCAUUGUUAUUUGUUUAUUAGUAUAUGAAUAAAAUAAAAGACAUGCCACACUGUU